AUGGAUUUACGACGCUCAAGCGCAUUGUGGGCUAUUACGAAGGGUGGUCCCGAAAGCCAUUUGAACUACGCAUUCGGUACCAUCGAUCCAGCUACCUUUGAGGUCAAGUUGGCAUCUCGCGAGGAGGAAUCUCUCAUCAAAAGGCUCGCCCGGUUGAAACAACAAGAUCCGGACCUGAAAGUGUUUAUCGCUCUUGGUGGCUGGUCGUAUAACGAUCCAGGGCCAACACGCACAACAUUUAGUGAUCUUGCUGCAUCGGAUGAUGCGCAGAAAAAAUUCUUCAAGUCACUAAUCUCCUUUCUUUCCACCUACAACUUGGACGGCGUGGAUCUGGAUUGGGAGUAUCCGGGCCCGGAUGAUAGCGUCGAACGCGGAGGCCGCGAGCAGGAUUUUAAAAACUUUCCGAAGUUCCUUCGCCAGCUGAAACAAGUUCUCAAAAGCUCCGGUGGUCGAGAUGGUUUGACUAUUACGUUGCCUGCUUCGUACUGGUUCCUACAACAUUUCGACAUCGUCGAACUGGAGAAGCAUGUUGAUUUCUUCAAUAUUAUGACAUAUGAUCUUCACGGGGCCUGGGACAAAGGGAAUAAGUGGCUGGGUAACUUUCUUAAUGCCCAUACCAAUCUUACCGAGAUUCAAGAUGCCAUGGAUCUCCUCUGGCGAAAUAAUAUCCCAAGCAAGAAAGUUGUCAUGGGCACCGCCUUCUAUGGUAGAGCCUUUACUGCUACCUCAACUGCAUGCUUGGAGCCGGGCUGCACUUUUGAAUCAGCUGCAAACAUGGGCAUCUGCAGUCGGGAGAACGGUAUCUUGCUAAACAGUGAGAUCAUGGACAUCAUUGACGAGAAGCAAUUGACACCGAAGCUGUACAAGGAUGCAGCGGUAAAGGUUAUUCACUGGGAGAAUCAGUGGGUGGCUUAUGACGACGAAGAAACGCUAGAGUUAAAGGCACAGUUUGCCUUGGGGCAGGACCUCGGCGGCCUCAUGGUGUGGGCAGUCAGCCAUGACAUGCCCAAUGGGCGCUUUUCGAACUCCUUCUAUCAGCGCACCGUGAAUCGGCACGGGAUGACGUCGAAAAGAAGGAGCAACAGCAGCGAAUAUAUUCAGGUCAAGAAGACAAUCGACCAGUGCAAAUGGACCAACUGCGGCCAGAUGUGCCCAACCGGCUAUCAAGCCGUGCUUCGCACCGACAAGAACCGCCAUAACAAGGAGGAGCUCAUGCUCGACACAACUGCAUGCGAUGGCAACUUACACACUCUAUGCUGUCCUGAAGCAUCGAUGCCGACUUGCGGCUGGUACACGCAUUCAAACAGCCGCUGUGACUACACCUGCCCAGAGGGCAUGGUAGAGGUGGGUAGCACCCAGGGCGGCUGCCACAAGGGCUAUCAAGCAGCUUGCUGCACUGUCAAGGCGACAAACAGUAUGGAUGCGUGGAAUAGCUGCGUCUGGGCUGGGGAGUCGGACAAAUGCCAGGCAAGCUGUCCCAUUCUCCAGAAGUUUCCCCAGGUGUUUUCCGCCUCCGGCAGCGGCGCCGUCAGGUGCAAUAAGAAUGAAGCCCGUGGCUACUGCUGCUUCGAUGACGAAGAUAAUAAAUGGACAGACGGUGAGUGGCAUAAGUUUGACGGGCUUUUUGUCCAAAACACAGACAAGCCCGACCGAUGCUCGUCGGACUGCCCUAGCGACAUGUACCGCCUCGCAAUGCAGAAUGAGGGGGUUUGCAAGAACAAACCAGGUGCUAUGUCCUGGUGCGCAUACAAUGGUCGCUACGAUACGGAAUGGCAAGAGCGUCAAAAUGUGACAGAUUUGAAAAGCGCUCUGAAUCAAUACUUCCAGAGUCCAACUUGCCCUAACGAUCAGUCCGGAGGCCUGUCAACACGAGCUGAGACCAGCAACGCCAAAGCGCGCGAGCAGACGCAGAAGGUACUCCUCGCCAUUCUAAGUGCAGCUUAUUACAAUAGCGACUUGAUCACCAGCUAUAUAAGUUGGUGGAACGAUGCGGUCAAGGACAACUAUCCGAAUCUGCAGUUUCCCGGCUUCAAAAGUGAGCUAGAAGCCCAAACCGAGAAUAUAUACGAGGACUCGCUUGAUGAGCUAGCGGAUGAUAUCCUGUGUUAUCCUGAAAGCUACAAUGACCUGGCCAACUCCAGGCCUAUCCUCGGCUGUAAUUUAGUCGAUGAAUGCACUGAUGGGGAGAGCGAUUGCUCCAAUGAAGAAUGGGACGAGAAGUGCAAUGAGUUUCCUUCCUUGGAAAAGCGAGGACCUUCGCGAUCAUACUGCUUUCUCUACAAUAACCAAAUUGGCGGCUCAGGUCAAACAACCAUCAGAUCUUCUGAAUACGACUCGAUCAAUGAAGUGCCCGCUCGCAGCGAUAUUCGACUGCGUGGAGUUGUCUAUCGCAAUCGUGCGGACUGCGCCAACAGUGACUUGAGGGUCGUCUACAUCGCUCAGGAUUCCUACAACGGCCGACGGAUGCAUGUUGAGCAUAUCCCGGAAUUGUUUACCGAGGGCCUAUUCCUGUCCGAUAUCAGCUAUGGUCGACUGGACGGGAAUACGCCGAAUGCGUUUACUCCUGUUCCUGCUGGUUUUGUGGCCGAUGCCUGGAUGAACCGACCAAACGUAAAUGCCGCGAUUUGGGGGCCGCCCAUUGGGGGACGUGACACGAGCACUCCGUCGGAAAGGAUCUUCGAAGCCUACGGUAGUACAGACAAUGUAGACUGCUUCUUUCUUCUGGACCAUUACUUGAACUUCAUGAAACACAGAGUUUGGAACUGGCGUCGUUGGAAUCGUGGGCCAUUGGCCGACAGUUCCAUGCAACGACAUAUCACAAACAUGGCAGACCCUGAUCAAGCACUCAGUCGACUUCGAAGCGUGAUCUCCGUCUUUCGCUAUUUGGAUGCCGAAGAAGUACGCCGUUGUCUAGUAUUCCAAUAUCAUGACAUUGUCAAUGAACGCUGGACGUGCAACCGGGCGUGGAACGCGGCCAAUCCCACGCAAACAUUCGACAUCCGCCCUAUUUCACGGAUGUGGAUGCUGAAUCACAUUGCCGGGAUGAUUCGCACAUCGACCGACUUCAUGAAUCGCUGGCUAGACGCAAUGGAAACACACUGGCAGGGGGUUACUGGGCCGCUCGCAGUUCGUGUACAGCAGGAUAUCCAACGUCUGCGAGCUCAGGUGCGAAACGGAGCCAUCAAUAUCCGAUUAGAUGGAUUUUGA